CUCAACAUCAAGCUACAAGAUUCUUCAGUUUUUCUGAACUCAGUCUGUAGUUUGAAGCUUCUCCAGACGUUCUUAGAGGACCUAAAGUGAAGCAAACUCUAAAGGAAGCAGGGAAAAGUUGCCAGAAAGUCAUGGCUUCCUCCAGCAGUGUCCUGUCUGAAGAUCAGCUCCAGUGCUCCAUCUGUCUGGACGUGUUCACUGAUCCAGUCACGACUCCAUGUGGACACAACUUCUGCAGGGUCUGUCUCAAAGAGUGCUGGGACAGCAGUUCACGCUGCAAGUGUCCACUUUGCAUGGAGGAAUUCUUCAGAAGACCAGAGCUACGUGUGAAUACGUUCAUCUCUGGACUGGCUACUCAGUUCAAGAAGUCAGUUCAGGUGAAAUCCAGCAGAGCUCCAGAGAAGCGUCCAUCCAAAGUUAAGAAAGUUCUGUGUGACUACUGUAGUGAGGGAGCAGUAAAGUCCUGUCUGGACUGUGGAGUCUCUUACUGUGAGACUCAUCUGAUGCCUCAUAAAACCGCAGUUAAACUCAAGAAGCACAAAAUGAUGGACCCUGUGGAGAACCUGGAGGACUACAGCUGCCAGAAACAUGAGAGACCCCUGGAGCUGUUCUGUAGAGACGACCAGAUGUAUGUAUGUCAGUUCUGCACUGAAACAGACCACAAGGCUCACAGCACUGUUCCUAUAGAGGAGGAGGGUCGAGAGAAGAAGACUAAGCUGAUGAAGACACAAGUAGAAGUUCAGCAGAUGAUCCAAGACCGACUGAAGAAGACUGAGGAAAUCAAACAAUCUGUAAAACUCAAUAAAAAAAGCUCAGAGAAGGAGAAAGCAGACAGUGUGGAGGUCUUCAGAGCUCUGCUGCACUGCAUUGAGAGAAGCCAGGCGGAGCUGCUUGAGGUGAUGGAGGAGAAGCAGAAAGCAGCAGAGAGGCAGGCUGAAGAGUUCAUUAAAGAGCUGGAGCAGGAAAUCACUGAGCUAAAGAGGAGAGACACUGAGCUGGAGCAGCUCUCCCACACUGAGGACCACCUCCACCUCCUACAGGUUUACCCGUCCCUCUGCAGCCCUCCACCCACCAAGAACUGGACUGACGUCAGGAUUAACACUCAUCUGAAGUUGGAGACUCUGAGGAGAGCUCUGAUUCAGCUUCAGGAAGAGAUCAAUAAGGAGAUGGAGAACCUUCCUGAGAUCAAACUGAAGAGAAUUCAACAAUAUGUAGUGGAUGUGACUCUGGAUCCUGACACUGCUCAUCCCUCCCUCGUCAUGUCUGAUGAUGGGAAACAAGUGCGAGAUGGAGACACAGAAGAGAAAGUUCCUGACACCCCAGAGAGGUUUGAUGAAUGUGUCUCUGUGCUGGGAAAGGAGGGGUUCUCCUCAGGGAGAUUUUACUAUGAGGUUCAGGUCAGCGGGAAGAGUGAGUGGGAAUUAGGAGUGACCACAAAGUCCAGUAACAGGAAGGGAGAGAUUACACUGAGUCCUGAGAACGGGUACUGGACUGUGUGGCUGAGAAACAAAACUCGAUAUAAAGCUCUGGACACUCGCCCUGUCCUUCUCUCCUUGAAACAGGCUCCCCAGAAGGUGGGGGUGUUUGUGGAUUAUGAGGAGGGUCUGGUCUCCUUCUAUGACGUUGAGGCCAGGUCUCAUAUCUACUCUUUCACUGGUCAGUCUUUCACUGAGAAACUCUAUCCAUACUUCAGCCCUGGUCUCAAUAAUGAAGGGAAAAACUCAGCAACGCUGAUCAUCAUGCCUCUUGAACUUUAUAACUGA